UGAUCAUUUUAUUCUGAGCUGGUCAUAUGAGGAGGCCGCCAGAGCAUUCCUGUAGUACUCUCCCAGCGUUCGGUAACAAACAUGAGGUGGUGUUUGCUGUUGCUGUGUGUUCGGAGCUGCUUCGGCUUUUACCCCCCAGAUGAAGUCCUGAGCUUACCUGGUCUGAGCACCCACUUAAACUUCAGGCAGUGGUCCGGGUACCUUCAGGCGUCUCCAGGCAAACAUCUCCACUACUGGUUUGUGACAUCUCAGCGAAACCCAGUCAAAGACCCUGUGGUCCUGUGGCUGAACGGUGGGCCUGGGUGCAGUUCCUUAGAUGGAUUACUCUCUGAAAAUGGACCUCUGCACGUGAAUGAUGAUGGCAGCACACUCUACAUCAAUAAAUACAGCUGGAAUAAAGUGGCCAAUGUUCUCUACCUGGAGUCCCCGGCCGGAGUUGGUUUCUCCUACUCGGAUGAUCAAAACUAUGCCACCGACGAUGAUGAGGUUGCAGAAAACAAUUACCUGGCCCUGCAGGAUUUCUUCAGUAAGUUCCCCAACUUCACAAGCAAUGAUUUCUACAUCUUUGGUGAAAGCUAUGGAGGCAUCUAUACACCAACCCUGAGCCUGAAAAUUGUGCAUGGACCAGCUAAGAUUAACUUCAAGGGCUUUGCAGUUGGGAAUGGACUAAGCAGCAUAUAUUAUAAUGACCAGUCACUCGUCUACUUUGGAUAUUACCAUGGACUCUUUGGGGACACAUUGUGGAACAGACUGAACAGAUACUGCUGCAAGAGUGGAUCCUGCAAUUUCUUCAACAACACCAACAUUAACUGCCGAGAAACGUUGGAGGAAGUCUUUAUGAUAAUCUACAACAGUGGGCUCAACAUGUAUUCACUGUACAUGGACUGUGCUGGUGGAGUACAGAAAAAUAACAUGCGCUUCCUCAAAGACCUUCAGAACCUCUUCCAAUUUUACCAGUUUGAAGUAGUAGAGGACUCCAGUGAUUCCAGUAACUUGGUUCCUCCGUGUAUUAACGGUACAGCUCUGAAUGCAUGGCUAAAUCGUGCAGAUGUGAGAAAAGCCCUUCAUAUUCCACAAUUUGUCCCAACAUGGGAUAUCUGCAGUGAUGUGGUUGGUGAAAAGUAUGAGCGUAUCUAUGCCACAAUGCGUGACUUCUAUGUGAAGCUGCUCAGUAAGGGUCUCCGUGUGCUGGUCUACAAUGGGGACACGGACAUGGCUUGCAACUUCCUGGGCGAUAACUGGUUUGUUCAGUCAUUGAAUCAGAAGAAAACUCAAGACUAUCAACCGUGGAUUUACAAUAAACAGAUCGCAGGGUUUUAUGAACAGUACGGGAACCUUACUUUCCUGACUGUCAAGGGGGCUGGACACAUGGUACCACAGUGGGCACCAGCACAAGCUUUGAAGAUGUUUGAAUCUUUCCUGUCCAACUCUGCAUACUGAUGAGGCUGCUGCCUCACCCUGAAUGCUUGUUGCCCACCUUGUUGCCUUAUUAUCAGCCACUUGUUAAAUCUUUUCUUUCUUUCUCUUCCAAAUGGGGUUUUAUUGUGGCACAGAGACCAAAGCAAACAGCAUCAAACUGAUCCAAAGGAAACCAAAUCCAAUAUGAAGGACUACAUUAGAAGAAGGACCAACAAUAGUUAAUGAAGAGUUGUUUUUAAUAAUUCAAAGAAAUCUCUUUUGACACUGCAGGAGGAAGAAGAAUGGAGGGAUAUUUAAGAGUUGUGGUACACAAAUGCCAGGCAAUGAUCAUCUCAAACAAGCAAGAAUCUAACAUUGUCCAUUGUCAUUCAAGGACAUUACCAUCACUGAAUACCCCACUGUCUGCAUUCUGAGGGUUUAGCAUUGAUUAGAAACUGAACUGCACAAGUCAUUUUAAGUAAAGUGAUUCCAAGAGCAGGUCAGAGGCUAGGAAUACUGCAGUGAGUAACUGAUCUCCUGACUCCCCAAAGCCUGUACGCCAUCGACAGUGCAUGAGUCAUGUGUGUGAUGGAAUAAAUCCCACUUCCUUGGAUAAGAACACUCAAGGAGUUUGACCCCAACCAGGACAAAGUCAGCUGCCUUAACUUGGUCGUUUGUUGUCCUUCCUUUACUGGGUUAUUAACCUGGAACUCCCUUCUGACAGUACUAUUUGUUCAUCUACACCUUAACUGCAGUCGUCCAAAAAGGCAACUCACCACUAACUUCUCCCGGGCAGUCGAUGACUUUUCCAACAAUGCCCACAUCCAGUGAAAAAAAAAUUGAAAAGAAGCUCAUGCUAAUUGAGUCUUCUCUAACUGACACCAUUUUGCGUUCUUAGAACUGCCCUUAAUGCUCCAAACACCGAAAUGUCUGGAGUGAUAUCUUCACACUGUGUCCAAGCUAGUUGUGACUUGCUACCACUGUAUGACCCUAGCUGGGUCGGUGUGUGUACACACUGGGAGUCCUAUCCGUAGGUGUCGUGAAAUCAGCAUUAAUGUUUCAGAUCCAAUGACCCUGCCUUGAAAUAUUAACUUUGCUUUCUCUCCACAGAUGCUGCCAGAUCUGCUGAGUUUUUCCAGCAAUUUCUGUUUGUAUGUCUGAUUUCCAGCAUCUGCAGUUAUUUUGAUUUUUAUUUGGGAGUAGCCUUGGGCCCAGUUCAGCUCAGUUUGGUGCUGUUGUUAUUUUAGAUUUUAAAAAAUCCUGUUUUGGAAUAUUUUUGAUUUUUGUAAAUUUUGGGAUUGCUAAUCAUUGGAAUGUUCAAAACAAUCAAUCUCCAGAGGGAACUUUUUAAUUUUCUUAAUGUGAUUUUUUUUCUCUCACAAAGGUCUGUGACCACUUGACUAAGUUCAACAACUUUACCUCCUCCUCCAAAAAGGAGUCCUUUUAGUUGCCUUUUGGAUGGGUUUCUCUGAGAUACCUUACACUCAGGAUAAGUUUACCAUUAAUUUGAGUCAUCGUGUACAGCAAGUUUGAGAAUGAAAGGUAGUUGGUAACCUAUGGUUCCCAAAGUUUUCCACCAUGGGAGUUUUGGUCACUGAUCUCUGGUCUGGACUCCUGUUCAGAGAUUGAUGGUUGAGGCUCAUCAAUAACUCUGUUAUUGUUGUACCAGAUGGCACCUGGGAUAUAAAAGGUCAGCUGGAUAGAUCAUAGUCUUUUUUUAUUUUCAUAUCUAGCCAUGUUCAAUCUAUCACCCUCCCCUCGAGCAGCUCACACCUUCAGAAGGAGGUGAGGUUAAAAGGCUGCCUGUUCGCAUUGACAAGGUUGUUUGUUAUUUUGAACGCAUUACUAAAACCCUUGGCUGCAAUUCCUGCUUUCAUUAUACAAUUUUAUUAUACAGUGUCUUCUCUGCACAAAGAACUUCAGUGUUAGCUCCCUGUGAGAGCGUGACAGCCCUGGUAGGUUUCUUCUUAACAGACCAAGGGGUCAGUCCCUGCUGAGAAGCUCCCCAUGAGGGGGCAAGGUGCCUGAGCCAAAUACCUUGAGCCUCAUUUCCACUCCUCUUCACAUAUCUUUUGGUAACAGCUAAGAGGAGUUUGGAAGCAGUUUCCGAAAGCAACUCUAGACCCCUCCCCCUCAGUUUGGUGGUGAGAAAGUGAUGAUUGGCUCUUUCAAUUGGGGAAUGACAAACCAGAUCAAGGACAGGAAACCACAGUAUAUGAGGUUGAUUUGAAUUUUAAGAAGUGUUUUGUGUUUUUCUUUUCUCUGUAUUGUAUCUCACACUAGCUUCCUUCCUUGUAAAAGGCCUUCUGUUGAUUGCACUCAGCUCCAGAGUAGCCAGUCAGAGCUCUGCAAACGGAGCUCUGAUCACAGGUUGUCUGCACUGACAGUAAGCUUAACCUCCUAGGGCAUGAAUCCAGGGAUCAGAGAGCAGUCACACUGUGCAGCUCAAACUAGCCCAGGAAUGCCAUGUCCUGAGAGCCCUAAGGGACAAUCAGGUUCUGUGACAGCACAGAGAGAGAUGCAUUAUUGAACUGGUCUGACCCCUCCCGGUCCACGAGAUCAGAGCUACAGGAACACAGAGGAGCAGCAUCUUCUGUCGGCAUCCUCAUUGCUGUCUUAGUUCAAACAUGGACCAAACUGUUAAAUUCCUAAAGCAGAGGUGAAAGUGACAGCCAUUGACAUCAAGGCUACAUCUGAUCAAAUGUGGCAUUAAAGAGCCCUCGCCAAACUGGCAUCAACAGAUAUCAGGGGGCAAACUCUGCUGGUUAGAGUCAUACCUGGCACAUAGGAAGAUGGUUGUGGUUGUAGGAGGUCAGUCAUUUCAGCUCCAGAACAUCUCUGCAGGGAUUCCUCAGGGUAGUGUCCCAACUGCUUCAUCAAUUACCUUCCCUCCUCCGUAAGGUCAGAAAUGGGGAUGUUUGCCAAUGAUUGCGCAAUGUUCAGCACUAUUCGUAACAUUGAAGCAGUCCAUGUCCCAAUGCAACCCCAUCUGGACAAAAAUAGGCUUGGGUUGACAAGCGGCAAGUAACAUUUUGCCAGAAAGUGACCAUCUGUGAUAAGAAACACUCUAACCGUCACCCCUUUGUCAUUCAGUGGUGCUACCAUGAUUUAAUCCCUCACUGUUAAUGUCUUUGGGAUUUCCAUGGACCAGAAACUCAAUGGGACUUACCACAUAAACACAGGGCUAUAACAACAGGUCAAAGGCUAGGAAUACUGUGGUAAGUAACUCACCUCCUGACUCCCCAAAGCUUGUCAAUCUUCUACAAGGUACAGGAAUGUGAUGGAAUACUCCCCACUUGCCUGAAUGGGUGCAGCUCCAACAACACUCAAGCUUGCCGUGAGACAGAACAAAGCAACCCACUUGAUUGGCAGAACAUCCACAAAUAUUCACUCUCUCCAUCACCAAUGCUCCGUAGCAGUGGCGUGUACAAUCUACAAGGUGCCCUACAGGAAAUUGCCAAAGAUCCUUAGACAGCAUUUUCUAAGCCCAUGACCACUUCCAUUUAGAAUGACAAGGGCAGCAGAUACAUAAAAAUGCCACCAUCUGCAAGUUCCCCUCAAGUCACUCACCAUCCUGAUUUGAAAAUAAAUCACUAUUCCUUCACUAUGUCUGGAUCAAAAUCCUGUAAUUCCCUCCCUGAUGGCAUUGUGUGUCGGACGACAGCAGCUGAAGAAGACAGCACAGCCACCACCUUCUGAGGGGCAGCUAGUGACAAGCAAUAAAAAUGUUGGCCAGCCAACAAUGCCCACAUGCCACAAGCGAGUGUAGACCAGGCUUCAGUGACCACUGUAGCUACUUGUAACAGUGUUCAGUUCUGGAAAUCCCCACUAUGAUAUGUAUGUAUUUGUGGAGAUGAGGCGUGAUGCAGAACAAGACAUUCUGAACCACCGUGACAUUUCAAAUAAACAAAUGAUCUAAACUCUC